AUGAGCGCAACACAUCAAUUUCCCCAGCAAGAGCUCCCUGUGCGGACAGCUGUUCCCGUGAACGAUGACGAUUACACCUCAUCCUCCGGCUCGUCCUCAGAGGAGAGCGAGGACGAGGAAUCCGACGAUGACACCAACGAGAUGACGAUCGACUCGAAGCCCAGUUCUAUCAAGACCACAACCGCCAACGGAACCUCAAUACCCAGUAUCCCCGGACGCCCGAAGCCGCAAAUACACCGCAUGGAGGGUCGUUCGGACCUAUUAUCGCGCCUAUCAUCAUUUUUGCCGCAAAUGAAGAAUGCGAAUGAAGAGCUUGAGAAGGAAAUUGCUGCCGGAAGGGGUGAUGCCAUGGUAUUGGAUUCUGUAGAUGAUGAGAAGGACUACAUAGAGAUGAAUCUUGGAUUAGGAGUGCUGAAGGAGAAGCGCGCGGAUGGUCAGGAUUCGUCGAGUGAAGAUGAGAGUGACGAUGAGAACUCCGAUGUUUCCGCGGAAACAAAGCAACAUAAGGAAAAACCUGAUAUUCUGGAUAUGCUCAUGGGAGGCAAGAAGGCAGAGACAGAGAAGCCAUCUAUCGAGGAAAUGAAGGAGUAG